UCUUAUAUUUCUCGUAGGGCUUCAAGUACAGUUGAGAAAAAUUAAUGCCACCAAAUGUUUGAUUAUUUUCUACGUUCGGUUACCAAAAAUAUUCCUGAUCAUCUCUGAUAUAUAUACGUCUUCUACUUAACCUUUUUCUCACGAGGAAUGCCUGCCCUUCAUCAUAAAGUUCAGUGUCACUCUCUCUUCCGUUGGCCGGAGACUCAUCCUCUUUUUACCUCUCGAUCAUGAUCUGAAAUCGGUUUAAUCACUUUUAAUGCAUUCUGGGAUUCUUUGAUCAGCAGAACAUUCACAUGAGGGAGACUCUCGAAUACUGAUCAACUGCCAAUCUCACAUGAUGUUCUUCUUUUCAAGCUAGCUAGCUUUCGCUGUUUGGAUAUAUGGAGAACUAGAUCUCAAAACAUGAGCUUUUUUGUAGUUCAUCACAUGACAAAAUCUAGUUGGAGUAUUGAUAAGAGCUAAGAGUGCCCUUUUGGGCUUCUAGAUCACGGUCUACAUUUUUUGACCAAUUGGUUACGUAUGAGGUGGUGAUCUAGCUAAUUGGUUAUUUUUUUUCUUCAUAGGCUUCAUUGGGUCUUGUUCAACUUUUGUUUUCCCCAACGAAUAUUUGACCUUUAGCUCCCUUGUUGUUUCUUCCCUCCCCCUCUCUCUCUCCACCCUUAUAAAAUAUUCUCAAUACAAGUCUGCCGUGGACUUUAUAUUACUGAAGCAGUUGGUUAAGUAGGUAAGAAGGUUUUGGUUUCUUAUGCGGGGAGAUUCUGUUUACCUUUGGAUUUGUCUGAUCAGUAAGUAAGAACUUGAUCUAGUUGAAAAUGGGGAAGCUCAACUUUGGGAGGGUGUUAGAGUGUUUUUUUCUUUCAUCUUGUUCAAGCGCUUGCUUCUGCAUGAACGCUAUGGAAAGCCAAGAAGAGUUUGAGACGAGGUCAUUGAUCGCAAGUGACAAAGGCCAGCUGCCGAGAUUGAAAGAUGUCGUUGCUGGAAGCCAGACCUUGGCUUUUCAAUUGAAGCCCAAGACGGUGAUGCUAAGGGUGUCCAUGCACUGCAAUGGCUGUGCAAGAAAAGUUGAGAAACACAUCUCAAAGAUUGAAGGAGUGACCUCUUACAAAGUAGACUUGGCAAGCAAGAUGGUGGUUGUCAUCGGAGACAUUCUUCCUUUCGACGUGCUGGAGAGUGUCUCCAAGGUCAAAAACGCAGAGCUUUGGAAUUGGAACUCUCCGUCUUGAUCAAUGAUCGAACAACAGUACUUUUCCGACCCAAAUUGCUAAUCCAGCCACAAAAAGAGAAGAAGACAUUAAACAAAUGCUCUGUAUUUUUUAUGGUUAUCGUUCAUGUACGUUACAUAUAUAUAUAUCAUAUACGUGUUAAGUUUCCGUUUGCUGUCCUGUCUUCUGCAGGAAGAGGCGGGAAACAAAAGUCUGCAUCCCCUCCAUGAAUCUGCAUGCUACCUUGAGCUCAAAUGCAGUAUUAUGUAAAUAUAUUUCCGGCUGAUUUUAAGUAAAAAUUAAUAAUUGUAUAAGCAA